AGUUAUAACCCAUACAUAGAGAUAAUCGAACAACCCAGACAGAGGGGAAUGCGUUUUAGAUACAAAUGUGAAGGACGAUCAGCAGGUAGCAUUCCUGGGGAGCACAGCACAGAAAACAACCGAACAUAUCCAUCUAUCCAGAUUGCAAACUAUUAUGGAAAAGGAAAAGUGAGAAUUACAUUAGUAACAAAGAAUGACCCAUAUAAACCUCAUCCUCAUGAUUUAGUUGGAAAAGAUUGCAGAGAUGGCUACUAUGAAGCAGAAUUUGUACAAGAACACAGACCUUUGUUUUUUCAAAACUUGGGUAUUCGAUGCGUAAAGAAAAAAGAAGUAAAAGAAGCUGUUAUUUCAAGAAUAAGGGCAGGAAUUAAUCCUUUCAAAGUCCCUGAACAACAGCUGCUUGAUAUUGAAGAUUGUGACCUCAAUGUGGUGAGACUAUGUUUUCAAGUUUUCCUCCUGGAUGAGCAUGGUAAUUUGACAACUGCUCUUCCUCCUGUCAUCUCUAACCCAAUUUAUGACAACCGUGCUCCAAAUACCGCAGAACUAAGGAUUUGUCGUGUAAACAAGAAUUGUGGGAGUGUCAGAGGAGGAGAUGAAAUAUUUCUACUUUGUGACAAAGUUCAGAAAGAUGACAUAGAAGUUCGUUUUGUGUUAAAUGAUUGGGAAGCAAAAGGUAUCUUUUCACAAGCUGAUGUGCACCGUCAAGUAGCCAUUGUUUUCAAGACUCCACCAUAUUGCAAAGCUAUCACUGAACCAGUAACAGUAAAAAUGCAGCUCCGGAGACCCUCUGACCAGGAAGUUAGUGAAUCUAUGGAUUUUAGGUAUCUGCCAGAUGAAAAAGAUACUUAUGGCAAUAAAUCAAAGAAACAAAAAACAACUCUACUUUUCCAGAAACUGUUGCAGGAUUGUGUUAAUUUCCCUGAGAGAUCAAGACCUGAUUCCCUAGGAUCUAUUGGUGAAGGAAGAUUCAUCAAAAAAGAAUCAAACUUGUUUUCUCAUGCAGAAAUGCCCAGGCCAUCCGGGGUUUCAGGUCGAGCAGAAUUCUAUUCCUCACUUGGGUCCACCUCAAGUCGAUUCUCUCAUCAUCCUUCAGCCAUGCCCUCGAUGGUAUCUCACCCUCCUUCAAGCUGGUCAACAAUGGCCCCUUCCACCACAUGCUCAGUCAAUGCAAAUCCACUGAGUAGAUUUCCAACAGGGACCCUUUCCUCUAAUUCACAAGGUAUCCCACCUUUCCUGGAAAUACCUGAUGUGAAUCAUUUAAAUGCUUCGAAUGCUUGCAUUUAUAACGAUACUGAUGACACAGGCAGAAUGGAAGCAUCAUCCCUGUCCUCAGCUGACUUAUAUGGUAUUUCUGAUGCCAACAUGUUGCCCAACUGUCCUGUGAAUAUGAUGACAACCAGCAAUGAUAGCAUGGGAGAGACUGAUAAUCCAAGACUUGUGAGCAUGAACCUUGACAAUCCUUCAUGUAAUUCAGUGUUAGACCCAAGAGACUUGAGACAGCUCCAUCAGAUGUCUACUUCCAGCAUGUCCACAGGCGCCAGUUCCAGUACUGCUGUUUUUGCUCCACCAUCGGAUGCAUUUGCUCAGUCUAACUUCAGUUGUGCAGAUAACAGCAUGAUAGAUGAGUCGGGACAGUCAAACAAUGCUAAUCCAAACAAUUUUGUUCAGAGCAAUCAGUAUUCGGAUAUUGGCACUAUGUCAAAUGAUCAGUUGAAUGACUCCUAUGCAUAUGAAUUUUUUUAAGUAUAACUCACUUGCUUUAAAUCCUUUUAAAUAGGGGGCUAGAAGGUGGCAUGGUGAUUAGGGUGCUGGACUCCCACAUGACUGACUGUGGUUCAUGUCCUGGACCUGGCAGCUUGAAAAUCAUGCUGGGCACGUGUGCAUACAUGCCCAGAAUUCC